AUGGAAUCUCUGAAAGUGCUUGUUACAGAUGGAGUUCCAAUAGGUGAACUAAGGCCAGGAAGAAGUUCAUAUAUCUUGAGUUCUUUACCAUGCUCUUUAGUAGAUUUAAGUCUUCGAGGAAAUGAUCAACCUUUUGGGCUUGUCCAACUUGGAAACCAUGGCACCAUUCUGAUGCACAGACAAACUUGGAUCUCAAGAGCGGAUGAUUGGAAUCCUGUUCAGGGACUGUAUGAAAGAGGUAUAUUCAGCACAUUUUUUGCUGGGAAUGAGGUUCCAGGCCAGUUCAGCCAUAAAAGUACAAAGUCCCCGAUCUCUUUUACCGUGCCAUUACUUGAUAAUCACAGAAUUCAAGGCUUGAAGGUCUUCGUUGUCUAUACAAAAUUGUAUACUAAUGAUUCUGCUGACCCUUUACCUGGGCCAAUAAUGACUAGAGUCAGAAAUAAGAGCAAGGGUCUGAAGUGGAUCUAUUGCCCAAUAUUCUAUGGUAUUCCUGGUGAAGGAGAAGACAUGAUAUGGUUAAGCCUCUGGAAGUUGGAGGAGCAGGUUCACUUAGAAGGUGGCGAUGAAGUGGUUGUUUCCGUAAUAAUGCAACCUUGGCUUCAGGUUAAGGAGUUUGGAAUCCAGCUUCAAGAGAAUCAUAAUAUGAUGACUUAUUAUCCAUGUGUCAAGAGUGUAGAUUUGUAUCAAUAUCAGCCAGGAGUAUACUUGCUUUCCACAAGAACUGUACCAAUACAAGAUCCGAUUUGGUUUAAUAAGAUCCUUGGGGACUCUGAUGAUGAAGAUACGACAGACAAAGAAGAAGAGAAACAUUAUGAUCACACAAUUGCAGCCACGAACAGCAACAACACUGGCAGCCUCCGUGGCUGGAAGGUGAUCAUCACCGCUAUUGUGAAAUUAUUACAAGCGCACAAUCUGUACAAGUAA